AUGGCCAGCGUCCCUGCACAGAGGGAAGGGAUCCUCCCAACGGCCAGCGUCCCUGCACAGAGGGAAGGGAUCCUCCCAACGGCCAGCGUCCCUGCACAGAGGGAAGGGAUCCUCCCAACGGCCAGCGUCCCUGCACAGAGGGAAGGGAUCCUCCCAACGGCCAGCGUCCCUGCACAGAGGGAGGGGAUCCUCCCCACGGCCAGCGUCCCUGCACAGAGGGAAGGGGAUCCUACCAACGGCCAGCGUCCCUGCACAGAGGGAGGGGAUCCUCCCAACGGCCAGCGUCCCUGCACAGAGGGAAGGGGUCCUCCCAACGGCCAGCGUCCCUGCACAGAGGGAAGGGGUCCUCCCAACGGCCAGCGUCCCUGCACAGAGGGAAGGGGUCCUCCCCACGGCCAGCGUCCCUGCACAGAGGGAAGGGGUCCUCCCAACGGCCAGCGUCCCUGCACAGAGGGAAGGGGUCCUCCCAACGGCCAGCGUCCCUGCACAGAGGGAAGGGGUCCUCCCAACGGCCAGCGUCCCUGCACAGAGGGAAGGGGUCCUCCCAACGGCCAGCGUCCCUGCACAGAGGGAAGGGAUCCUCCCAACGGCCAGCGUCCCUGCACAGAGGGAAGGGGAUCCUCCCAACGGCCAGCGUCCCUGCACAGAGGGAAGGGGAUCCUCCCAACGGCCAGCGUCCCUGCACAGUGGGAAGGGGAUCCUCCCAACGGCCAGCGUCCCUGCACAGAGGGAAGGGGUCCUCCCAACGGCCAGCGUCCCUGCACAGAGGGAAGGGGUCCUCCCCAUGGCCAGCGUCCCUGUGAAGAAUGGAAACAAUCCUCCACAACCACAACCUAUCAUCCCCAUGGUGGCACCAUUGUGGUAAUGGGAUGGUGUAGUGUAUAA